AUGGAGCUGGAGAACAUCGUGGCCAACACGGUGCUACUAAAAGCACGGGAAGGAGGCGGUGGAAGCAGGAAAGGAAAGAGCAAGAAGUGGAAGCAGAUGCUUCAGUUCCCGCACAUUAGUUUGUGCGACGAUCUGCGACAAGCCACCGAGAAAGACUACAGCAGCCUGUGUGAGCGACAGCCCAUCGGGCGCUUGCUUUUCCGACAGUUUUGUGACACUCGACCAGAGUUGAGGCGCUGUGUCAACUUUCUGGAUGGGGUGGCAUCGUACGAGGUGGCGCCGGACGAGAAGAGAAAGGAAUGCGCUCAAGAACUGGUCGACGUCUUCUUCAGUCCAAAGUCGGAGGACUACGUGCCGGAGGUGGAGGAGAGCGCCGUGGCUCGCUGUGCGGAGCGGCUGGAGCAGGAGGCGUGCAAGGAACUCUUUAAAGAUUCCACUAAAUUGAUCCACGACUACUUGAGCGUUAGCCCCUUUGUAGACUACCUCGACAGCAUGUACUACAACAGGUUCCUCCAGUGGAAAUGGCUGGAGAGGCAACCGGUGACAAAGAAUACAUUCAGACAGUACAGAGUUUUAGGGAAAGGAGGAUUUGGAGAGGUGUGUGCGUGUCAGGUGCGGGCCACGGGGAAAAUGUACGCUUGCAAAAAGCUAGAGAAGAAGAGGAUCAAAAAGCGCAAAGGCGAGUCCAUGGCGCUCAAUGAGAAGCAGAUCCUGGAGAAAGUCAACAGCCGAUUUGUGGUGAGCUUGGCGUACGCCUACGAGACCAAGGACACCCUGUGUCUUGUUCUGACGCUCAUGAACGGCGGCGACCUGAAGUUUCACAUCUACCACAUGGGCGAAGCGGGCUUCGACGAAAGGAGGGCCGUCUUCUACUCGGCCGAGAUCUGCUGCGGUUUAGAGGACCUGCACAAGGAGAACAUUGCCUACCGAGACCUGAAACCUGAAAAUAUCCUGCUCGACGACCACGGACACAUCAGGAUAUCGGACCUGGGUCUGGCCGUGCACGUACCGGAGGGCCAAACCAUAAGAGGACGGGUGGGCACGGUGGGAUACAUGGCUCCCGAAGUGGUGAUGAACGAGUGCUACACCUUCAGCCCCGACUGGUGGGCGCUGGGAUGCCUGCUGUACGAGAUGAUUGAGGGCCAGUCGCCGUUUCAGCAGAGAAAGAAGAAGAUCAAGCGGGAGGAGGUGGAGCGGCUGGUCAAGGAGGCGCAGGAAGAAUACUCGGAAAAAUUCUCCGAAGAAGCCCGGUCGCUCUGUCAAGCGCUGCUUACGAAAGACCCCAAAGAGAGACUCGGCUGCCAGGGAGGGGGCGCUUCCGUGGUCAAGGCUCACCCUAUCUUUCACUCCAUCAAUUUCAAAAGGCUGGAGGCCGGAAUGUUACAGGCGCCUUUCAUACCUGAUCCGCAGGCCAUCUACUGCAAAGACGUGCUGGACAUCGAGCAGUUCUCCACUGUGAAAGGCGUGGAGCUGGAACCCAAAGACGACUCCUUUUACAGCAAAUUUUCCACCGGCAGCGUCUCCAUUCCCUGGCAGAACGAGAUGAUAGAGACGGAAUGUUUCAGUGAGCUCAACAUUUUCUAUCCCGACGGUGCGGUGUCCCCGGACCUGGACUGGCGGGGACAGCCGUCGCCGCCGCCCAAACAAGGGCUCUUGCAGCGGCUAUUCGGGAGACAGGAGUGCUGUGGCAACUGCAGCGACAGUGACGAGGAACCAACAAGGCUGUGA